UACAGAUUUAGAAGAACUUAGGCAAGUCGUGGAAGAACAGAAAAAGAAAGAACACACAGUGGUAUUAAAUUUAAUGCUCCGGAAGUUCUCUGAAAGACGUCCGGAAAGAGGAAAAAGAGACUAAACAAAAGAUAACUGCGCGGGAUCCGAGCAAAAUGACUCGAUCGAAGUUAACACUGGAUUCUGGUCGAAACUUCGCGCAGAACCUCCGAAAAUUUCGUCGGGCCGAAUCUUCCUUAAAGUGAAUGCACGGAGCUGGAGAGAGGCGAUGAAGAGAGCGAGAAGAGGAGCGAAGAGAAUAUCGUCUGCUGGUCCAGCGGUCGGCUGGUUUCCGGUAGCGCAGCGUGGCUGCUGGAUCCUCGAUCCAGUGUGGCGGAACGCGAGUAGUGGGGUCGUGGCGAGUAGUGGCGUCGCCGGAUUGGCCGAAGGGGAAUUGGUCUUGGAUGAGAGGAUGCGAGUCGGCGGUCAAAGCGAAAAGAGAGGGAGACUCGGUUAAGCGAGAGAAGAGCAGAGGUGGGGAGAAGUGCGAGUCAGAGAGAGGGACUCGGAACAGUUCGGAUGCACACCGUGCAAGGACGGUGAUUCAGUUAGCGGCGAGCCGCCGUUGGUGGAGGAUUGUUGAUUGUCGGUUUUUUUUGUUUUCCUUUGGCCAUCGCAUCGCGCUAGUUUGGAUCGAGCGGCGUGCCGCGCAUCGUGCAUCGUGUUUCCGCUUUUCCGAGAUACACGCUCGUUUUAUGUUCAAACGUAGCCGUCGCGUGUACGCGCGCACGCGCUCCCAAGCCGUUGCAAUUGCACCGCUUGCUUAGGAAUGAAACUGACACGCACAUUCUGCUUGAAAAUCGAAUAUACCUGAGAGGUAUAUACACUCGAUGAAAUACAUAUCGAAGCUGUGGUUAGCCCGUGGAAUCGUCGAAAAAACGUUGGAAAAAAAAUUCGUUAAUCGCAUCGCGAAUGUUGCCGCAACGGUGAUUUGAACGGAGAAGUUGAGCUUUGGAAGAGGGAACGCGCGGUUCGCUGACGAGGGGGGGCCCCCAACGUUUAUUUUCGCGAGCCCUUCGAGACGUAUAAUGCGAAUAGGAGGAAAAAUCAAAGUGGAUGGCUUCGUGAUGGACAUGGUCGACACUUUGAAAGUUUAACCAAUGGGCCGAUAUGACGAGCAGAAAAGAAGCGUAGGAUCGACGAUUCGAAACUCGCUAGGAUCGAAGGUAGUCACGCGGAGGAUCACCGGGAUCGCUACCCUCGUCGUUCUUCCUUUUUCAAAGAAGAACAGAGCGAGGAAAUAAUUUCGUCGAACGAAACAAGGACGGUUUGUGCGUCAGGUGACAGAGCAAGAGGCUGCGAGAGGGUUGGACAGAGAGGAGGAGAGAAAGGGGGGAAAAAAAUCGUAUCGCGCGCGAGGAACAUCGUACAUACAUAGUCGAAGAUGAAGAAGAUAGUCGGUGGAGUGGCGCGAUUAUUCGGAAUCAUCAUCUGCGGAGUGAUUCUGUUCGACUGUGGAAACGCAUUGGCGGGCAGCGAGAUCUACGCGAAGACGUUCCCGAGCCAGCAACAUCCGUCGGAUCCGUGCUACGACGAGGACAGGCCACGUCGAUGCAUCCCGAAUUUCGUGAACGCGGCGUUCGGGGCGGCGGUGGAGGCUUCGUCGACCUGCGGAAGCGGCGGGCCCACGAGGUACUGCGACGUGAUCGAACAGCCGGGUGGUAGCACGGGCAUAGGUCAGUGCCACAUCUGCGAUGACAGCACGCCGCGGCGUCGAUUCCCCGCGAGCUACCUCACCGAUGUAAGCAACCCGAACAACGUGACCUGCUGGCGGAGCGAGCCGCUCGUCACGUCGCAGAGUUUCUCCGCGCCGCCAGACAACGUGACCUUGACCCUCUCCCUAGGAAAGAAGUACGAACUGACCUACGUCAGCCUGCAAUUCUGCCCGAAGGCAGCGAAGCCGGACUCGAUCGCGAUUUACAAAUCGAUGGACUACGGUAAGACGUGGCAACCGUUCCAGUUCUAUUCGUCGCAGUGUCGACGGGUGUACGGCAGGCCGAAUCGGGCGACCAUCACCAAAGCGAACGAGCAAGAAGCGAGAUGCACCGACAGCCAUCGGUACACCGGUGGUAACGGCCUCGCGCCCGUCGGCAGGAUCGCGUUCAGCACCCUCGAGGGCCGACCGUCGGCCUCCGACUUUGAUAACUCGCCGGUUCUCCAAGAUUGGGUUACCGCCACCGACGUUCGCGUCGUUUUCAAUCGGCUUCACAUACCCCAGCAACCGUCGCAGGAACAAGUUCUGCAGCUAGGCGGGACCGGCGACGAUCACGGCCUCGGCCUUGAGGAAUUGGCGAAACGCGAGAGGGAGAGAGAGGAGAGAUUGAAGCAGAACCAGCAGAAAAGCUCGGCCCGUGUUGGUGGUGGUUUACUGGAUCCAUUGGCCACCGCUUUGCCCUCGGUCCAUCAGGUUAUCGCGCCGCAAGAGAUGCAAUCGAACGACGCGGUCGACGACGGUGAGAGCGGCGGGUUUGCUGCGGCGGCGGUGGCGGCGGUCACCGUUUCGACCAGCACCAGCAGCACCCUUGCGAGCAAUCUCGGCACCAGCACGCUUGCUCAUCAUUACGCGGUCUCGGACUUCGCCGUCGGCGGCAGGUGUAAGUGCAACGGCCACGCGGCAAGGUGCAUCCAAGGCAAGGACGGCGAGGUCGCCUGCGAGUGUAGGCACAACACCGCUGGCAGAGACUGCGAGAGAUGCCGUCCGUUCCACUUCGAUCGACCAUGGGCACGAGCCACCGCCAGAGAUGCCAACGAAUGCAAAGGUAGCUUGAAAAUUUUACAGGAAAAGAUGUAGCACUCUUGCCGAAGAUAGAAAAUGAAAUAUCAAGAAUGAAUCGCUUGAAUUUCGUUUAUAUCGUUUCGAAGAGUUACUUCAGUUACUCUGUUGAGGAUUUGCAAUAUAUCUGCAAUUUGAUUUUAAACGAAGGUCCUUGUACGAAUAAAUAAA